UAAAAAAUGGCCGGUUACAAGCAAAACCAUGGGCCAGUUUUUCUGCCAUAGCGCCAAAAACUAAACGUUGUUGCCAAACUAAAACCGGCUGCUCCGCUCUCUGUUUACUAUUUUUUUUUGUCUCUUCCUAUCUUUUCUAUAUCUGUCAGUCUAUUGCAUUUUAACUCUCUUCAGCUUUCUUUUUCUGUUACAUUAUUGAAACUCUAAAAAAGGGCACUCACAACUUUAUUUUUUCGUGUAGAAGAAGUUUUCAGGUGCCUGGUGAUUGUUACAACUCAAUGAUAGUCUGUUCUUAACUGGGUAUGUUCUUUUUUUAGUUCUAACAGUUGUACAAUUGCCUGUUAGGAAUUUAUGUUUUGUUGUCUGUUGUUAAGGAUUCAGAAAAAGUGAAAAAGUAGUAGCCAAUGACAUUUACCUAGACAGAGUAUUUGAGAUCUCCAAUAAUUCUUGUAAGAGCUGUUUUUAUUGUUGUUCUGAAUGGAUACUAGUGGUCUGCCUGGUGGGACGUUUUCUGGGAUUGGUUCAGGAAUGUUGGGCCUUGAAAUGUCAUUACAGCCCCAACAACAACAGCAACAACAACCACCUCAAAACCCCCAAAGUGACCAAAACCCACAUCAUUUACCUCAUCAACCACAAAUGAUUGCUUAUUCUCAUCAUGAAACUGACCACUCACAACACCAGCAAUCUGUUAAACAAGGCUACCCUUUUGCUUCCAAAACCAAACAACUAUCCCCUCUUAGUGAUGAAGAUGAACCUGGUUUUCCUCCUGAUGAUUGUGCUGCUGAUGCUAAGAAAAAAUUUUCUCCAUGGCAAAGAAUGAAAUGGACUGAUAGCAUGGUUAAGCUACUCAUAAUGGCAGUUUAUUAUAUUGGUGAUGAAGCUGGAUCAGAAGGGAAUGAUCCUACUGGCAAGAAAAAGGCUGGUGGAUUAUUACAAAAGAAAGGGAAAUGGAAGUCGGUUUCGAGGGCUAUGAUGGAGAAAGGGUUUUAUGUUUCACCACAACAAUGUGAAGACAAGUUCAAUGAUUUGAAUAAGAGGUAUAAGAGGGUUAAUGAUAUACUUGGUAAAGGAACAGCCUGUAGGGUGGUGGAGAAUCAAAGCUUGCUUGAUACAAUGGAUUUGUCCCCGAAAAUGAAGGAAGAAGUUAGAAAAUUGUUGAAUUCUAAGCACUUGUUUUUCAGGGAAAUGUGUGCUUAUCAUAAUAGUUGUGGCCAUGGUGCAACUGCUGGGGCCAGUGGUGCUAAUCAUUCACCAGAGGUGGCCAUUGAGACAUCCCAGAUUCAGCACCAUCAAGCUCAACAACAACGAUGCCUCCAUUCAUCAGAUAAUGCUCAAAUUUCUGGCAAUUUGGGUAGAAUCGAGGCCGAGGCUAUGAAAUUGGCUAAAGUAGGCAGUGAAGAAGAGGAUGAUGAUGAAGAUGAUGACUCUGAUGAUGAUGAGGAGGAGGAUGAGGAUGAUGAUGAUGAAGAGGCAAUGGAUGGUUACUCAAGAGGCCAAAGUGGACAUGCUCAGGAAGAUGAUGAAGAUAAUGAUGAAAAGUCUUCACAUAAAAGGCCAAGAAAGGUGCCAUUUGCAAUGUCGUUAUCACCAUUGAUACAACAAUUGAGCUGUGAAGUUGUGAAUGUGAUACAAGACGGGUCAAAGAGUGCUUGCGAGAAGAAACAUUGGAUGAAGAUGAGGCUAAUGCAAUUGGAGGAGCAACAAGUCAGUUACCAACACCAAGCAUUCGAGCUUGAGAAGCAAAGGCUCAAGUGGAUGAAAUUCAGUGGCAAAAAAGAAAGGGAAAUGGAAAGAGCAAAGCUUGAGAAUGAACGAAGGCGGCUCGAAAACGAGAGAAUGGUGUUGCUUGUUAGGCGGAAGGAGUUGGAGUUGGUUGAGCUUCUGCACCAUAAUCAGCCCCAGCAGCAUUCUUCAAACAAGAGGGGAGACCCAUCAAGCAUCACUGGAUGAAAAUGUAACUUAUGAUAGGGAUCACAUUCGAUAGAGUUUUAGAUCAGAUAGAUACUUUUAUAUGAAUGGUUGUUGUGCUUUUGUUCUUUCGUAUUUCGUUCACGAAAUAUCGCUUUUUCAAUCUUGUAUGCAUCGUGAAUAAGGUUUUGGCUUACUACCAAAUAAUGAAUACUCGUUCCAAAGAAGUUGACGAUGUGCAUAGGAAAAUAAACUUUUUUUUUUUUUUGGUGGUUUCAGUGUCAAAACAAAUGUAAUAAUUUUCUGGAAUCCUAAGAAACCUCGUAAUUUUUCUUUU